CCCCCCUCCCUUUAAAUGUUGCAGCCCACAGGAGGAGCACCAGAUCCGGGCCAGUGUCAGACCGGACACACGGUGGAGCGGACAGGUGCGAUGGGACCGACUCCUCUUCUUGUUCUUCUGCCGCUGCUGUGCGCCAUCGGACGGACACAACCCACCGCCACAGCCGUCACAGAGUAUUAUAUAGCGGCUGUGGAAAUCGGAUGGGACUAUGUCCACCUGGACGAUGUGGACCCAGUGUCUGACCAAAGGAAGAGACUCAAAGAUGCUCCUCAGAAAUACAUCAAAGCUGUUUAUAGAGAGUACACAGACUCCACAUACACUGUCCCAAAGCCAAGGCCAGCGUGGACUGGUAUUCAAGGCCCGGUGAUUGUCGCCCAGGCUGGUGAUAGGGUGGUGGUCCACUUCAAAAACCUGGCCUCUCAGCCCUUCAGUAUCAGCCCAGUGGGAAUCACAUACUGGAAACAGUCAGAAGGAGCAGGGUAUGAUGACUCCACGGCAGGUCAGGAGAAGGAGGAUGACGCCGUCUCUCCGGGGGGAUACUAUAAGUAUGUGUGGGACAUCAACCCAAAUGACGGUCCCACCAACAGCGACCCUGAAUGCCUCACCUACUCCUAUUCAUCUCAAGUGGACACAGUGCGAGACAUUAAUUCAGGACUCAUCGGCGCCCUGCUCAUCUGUAAAGCAAGUGCAUUUAAAGACAAGCAGAGAAGAAACCAAGCAUUCGUCCUGCUGUUUGCAGUUUUUGAUGAAACCAAGAGUUGGUAUGGAGAGAUAGGAGAGAGGAGAAGCCGAGAGAAGUUCAAGAGGAGCAAUAGAAGGAAGGAAUACCACACCAUCAAUGGAUAUAUCAACUCCACUUUACCAGGUCUGGUAUUGUGUCAGGGUCGUAAACAUGUGUUUUGGCACAUGAUCGGGAUAGGCACAGCUCCAGAAAUCCACUCCAUUCAGUUCCAGGAUCACACAUUGCAGGUACUAGCCCAUCGUAAAGUCAACGUCGAGGUCACACCCAUGGCUUUCAUCACAGCAGAAAUGAAAGCCAAUGCAAUCGGCCGCUUCCUUAUCAGUUGCCAGAUAUUUGCCCAUCGCCUCGAUGGUAUGGAUGCUUUUUUCAUGGUGGAGCAGUGCCCUAGUGGACCUGACCUUCGCAACGCCCAACAAGAGGAUUAUAAUUAUGAAGAGUACGAGAGCUCAUUUAACCUUGUAAGCUUUCCGCCAAAAAAUCCUCAAGUGCAAAUUAGGUCCAGCAGAGGAGAGUUGUCAAAGACCUGGGAACACUUUAUCGCUGCAGAGGAAGUAACCUGGGACUACACACCUCACCUGAAACACACAGACAGUAAGUUGCAGUCCGAAUACCUGGCUACAGCUCCUCAUCACUUGGAAUACAAAUAUAAAAAGGUUGCAUAUGUGGAGUACACAGAUGCAACCUUCACACAGAGGAAGAGUAGUGCAAAAACACUGCUGGGUCCACUUCUGAAAGGAAAAGUCAACGAUCAGUUUCAUAUUACUUUCAGAAACCUGGCCAGCCGCCCUUUCAACAUCUACCCCAACGGCCUCACAAGGAUCUCUCCACUGUACAGAUCCUCAAAUGCUGCAGCGAGAGAUUUGCGUUCCAUAGGAGUGCCCCCCAAUGGCACAUUUGGCUACAUAUGGAGUCUUACAACUGAAGACGGGCCUUUAGAAGGAGACCCCCAGUGUCUGACACAGCUGUAUCAGAGCACCAUCUCACCAGAGAGGGAUCUGGCCUCAGGACUGGUGGGAACCCUGCUCAUCUGCAAGCAUGGUGCCAUCGACACCAUAGGACGCCUGUCGGGCUCCGAUAAAGACUGGAACCUGAUUUUUGCCGUCUUUGAUGAAAACAGAAGUUGGUACAUCGAUGAAAACCUUAAAAACUCCAACCAGAUUUCAAAGUCUAACAACACAGACCCUGAAUUCUAUGACUCGAAUGUCAUAUAUAGUGUGAAUGGCAUCAUGUUCAGUGGGCGACAGUUUGUGAUUUGUCAAACUGAUGUCGCAUACUGGCAUGUGGCUAACGUGGGUACCCAAGGCGAUUUUCUCUCUGUCUACUUCACUGGAAACCUCUUUCGGCACCAAGGCAUUUACCAGUCAGUCCUCACCCUCUUCCCCAUGACCGCCAUGACUGUUGCCAUGGAGACAGAGCUGGCCGGCGAGUGGGAGAUCAGUGCCUUCGAUGGCAGCCUCAAGAGCCGGGGGAUGAGUAUUCACUACACUGUUCGUUCAUGCGACAAUGGAGAGCUUCCUCUGGUUGACAAUGAUGACGAAGAGGAUUUAUCCGACUAUUUGGAUCUGGUAGAUUUUGGGCCGAGGGGAAUGAGACCUCAGAAUGGCACCAGGACUGUUUUGGUGUGCAAGAAACCUUCAAGCAACAGUACUCAGUCAGAUCAAAACAGCACUGAGGACGCUCAGACUGCUAGAUGUCGAAAUGUGACAAUAACUAGUGGGUCAGAUGGAGGAAUACCUCAGGAUAUCUUGGAGGAACUAGAUAGCGAUAAGGACUUGGACUCAGGGGCUAAGAAUGAGACUGAACAUGGGGAAGAAGCGAAUACUAGGCAGAAAAGACAUGUCGGAAACUGGAAGGAAGGAGAUGUACAUCCUGGAGACUCAGAAGAUUCAAUACCUGAGAUAGAACUUGGAAGAAAGGUUGAGGAAACUAGGACUGAUAAUGCCACUGAGACAAAGGCAGAAGAAAAUAUAGACACGCAAACAGAGGAAAACACCAAGACACAGAGUGAAGAAAACAGUCAAAUGUCAAGUGAAAAGAAUGAGACAAAGGAAGAGUUUGAAGAGAGCAAUGAGAUUUUAUUGGAUCCAACAGUGACUGCAAAGAUCUCACAGGAAGAACUAAGCAUUUUACAAGACAUGGAUGAAAACUUAGUACCACAAAGUCCAAUUUUGUCUGACCCUGAGCGACAGACAGUAGAACUGCUGGAUGUGGACUACAGAAACUACACAGAUAAUAUAAACAUUUCUUUGUCUCAGGAAUAUGACGACUACAGCCAAGAGGAGAAUGGCACAGAUACAUUUGCCUCAGAUUAUAUGGACCUGCGGUCAGGAGAAAUCAGAUAUCGCUACUACUACAUCGCUGCAGAAGAGGUUAUCUGGGAUUAUGGCAUCCGAAAACCCCAUCAACUGAUCAAACCCAGAGAGAUGCGACGUGGGAUGAGGAAGUUCCUCCCACAGUAUAAGAAGGUGGUUUUUCGAGCCUACAGAGAUAAAGACUUCAGACAUCCCGUUACCAGAGGAGAGCUGCAGGAACACCUGGGAAUCAUGGGACCUUUCAUCAGAGCUGAGAUUAAUGACCUUCUCACUGUGAUUUUUAAGAACAAAGCAUCCAGGCCUUUCUCAUUUCAUCUUCAAGGAGUGUACGACCGAAGCCAGGGAGCCGGUAUCGCUCAAACUUAUGCCUCUGAUGCUCCUCCUGGGGUCCCUGGAGAGCCUGUGGCCCCUGGGGAAGCGCGAACCUAUAACUGGAGAAUAACCAUUAAGCAAGGUCCCACUGACAAGCAAUUAGACUGCAAGGCUGGAGCGUAUUACUCCACUGUGAACAAGGAAAGAGACUUUCACUCAGGUCUGAUCGGUCCACUGGUUAUCUGCAAAACUGGUACCCUACUGACUCGUCUGGGCACACAGCCAGGCGUUGAAGAGUUCGCCCUGCUCUUCAACACCUUUGACGAAACUAAAAGCUGGUACCUGGAGGAAAACCUGCAGCAGUACUGUGCCCCACCCUGCCAUGUCAACCCAGAGGACCCCUGGUACCACAUCAGCAAUAAGUUUGCAGCAAUCAAUGGUUACGUGGCAGAGACGCUCCCUGGUCUGGUAGUGGCUCGGCAUCAGCAGGUCAGGUGGCAUCUUCUGAAUGUAGGAAGUGACGGAGAGUACCAUGCUGUGCACGUCCAUGGAUUACCUUUCACUGACCACACUGAGGAGGAGCAUCGUAUGGGAGUCUACAAGCUCUUCCCUGGUGUGUUUGGUACAUUGCAGAUGAAACCCCUCACAGUGGGCACAUGGCUGGUGGAAUGCACCAUAGGAGACUACCAGCUGGCUGGUAUGAGGGCCAAACUCUUAGUCUAUGAUCCACACUGUGUCUUGCCUCUGGGAAUGAAAUCAGGAAGAAUAGAGGACUCACAGAUCACAGCAUCAAAUCAUAGAGAAAGCUGGGAGCCUCAUCUGGCGAGACUGGAGCAGUCUGGUUACAUCAAUGCAUGGAUGGGACAAAACAAGUUGUCAUGGCUACAGGUUGACUUGCUGAAGCCCACCUUACUACACGGCGUGCAGACACAGGGAGUCAGAGCAAAGUUGAGGGAAAACUACAUCACACACUUCACCGUCUCCUACAGCCUGGACCAGGAGACCUGGAUCAACUACAGAGGAAACAGCACCAGGCAGACCUGUAUCUUUUAUGGCAACAUGGACAGUUCCAAGGUGAAAGAAAACCACUUCUCUCCUCCAUUUGUGGCUCGUUACAUCCGGAUUCACCCAGUUAACUAUGAGAGAAGGCCUGCUCUCAGAAUGGAGCUGCUGGGGUGUGAUCUCAACAGCUGCUCUCUCCCUCUGGGGCUCCAGAAGAGGCAGAUUCCUGAUGACAGUCUGAUUGCCUCAUCGUCUUAUUCCUCGCUGCUGCGUAGCUGGAGCCCCACCCUCGCCCGCCUCCAUCAGCAAGGCAGCGCCAACGCCUGGAGGCCAAAGAACAACAACCCCCAUGAGUGGCUCCAAGUUGACCUGGGGAAAGUCAAACGGAUCACAGGAGUCGUGACUCAGGGAGCGCACUCAUUGCUCACACAGAUGAUGGUGACGGAGUUCUCAGUCACCGUCAGUCAUGAUGGGCAGUCCUGGAGCAGCGUGUUAGAAGAAAGCUCCCAGAGAGAAAAGAUCUUCACAGGAAACAAUGAUCCAGAUGAGGAGGCCGUUACUCUUUUUGACCCUCCUCUGUUUGGCCAGUUCCUUCGCAUCCACCCGCGGGGUUGGAUCAACGACAUUGCCCUGAGGCUGGAGGUCCUCGGCUGUGAUACGCAGCAGGGCCCAUAAGAAACCCUGUAGGACUCAAACCUGAGAAAACCUGAUGCAGUACAAACUCACCAACAGCAGGCAGUAUCAGCGUAGAGGCAGUGCAGGUGGAAUGAAUGUUAAUGUUAUAAAGAGCACUUUCCAAGUUACAUAAUAACUUUUGAGAUGCUAUUUUUUUCUGCUGUCACAGCUUUGUUUACAUUUUUAACUGUUUUCCAAUAUACAAUGUUCAAUAGAAAUGUAUUCAGCCAAGAGUCAUGCUGCUGUAUAAUAAAUUACAUCAUAGUUUUAAAAAAAAACAUCUGGUUUAUGAGCCCAUAGUGUGUGGCACAUAAACACAGCUGAGCUAAUAAGUAAUAUCUGGAAACUAUUUAUGAAGUAGUGAAUGGAUGUGCUAACUGCGGGGCACGUUUUAAAUGUAAGCUUGUGUAAAUAUUUCAGACUCAGAUGGAUGUAAACAGUUUGAAAGGUUGUUGUUUAUCACUGGAAAUGUUUGUAUUAAUGUAUUUUUCUGCUUUAUUAGACUUAAUAUAAAGACUGGAUUUGGAAUUUUA